AUGAAUUUCUCAGUCCUCAACUUUGGCCGCUCUGGUCACCCUUCCCUCGCCCAUGAUGUUUUCACCUCUCAGCCGGUUCCAAUCUUCAAAGAUUUUGAUGAUCCAGGCGAACACUGGAUUGACCCCGGGACCGGCUCCGAAAACAAAUCUUUAUUGAUAAAGUUGUUAUUCUCAGCCACAGCAGUGCACAAAGCAAACUGUCAACUCACCGCUCUCAAGACGACCGUUCGCCGGUACCUUUCUACACUAGCCAUUCGUGCCAAUGAUACCUUUGAAAUUGAGGUCGACAGUCUCGCUGGUAUCGAUUUCGACUCCACUCAGGUGGGCCGCGUCUCCUCUAUCAAGGGCGUCGGUGUUCACCUUUUGAACAUGUGUAUGACUGGUCACUCCGAGUAUCUGAAUGCUUAG